CCUUCCCUUCCUGAAGGAAAAUGAAUGAACAGGAUGCCAGCCACAGCGGGCCAGGGCCGCCUGACGCUGUGGGAAGGGGAACUCUGUAAUCCCUGUCCCAGCUCCGGCCGUGCCUCCCUGCCCCGGCUGAGGUGGGCUCUCCUGGGGUCCUCCGGCACUCUCCGGUCCCGGCCGGGGAGGAGGGCGGGGAACACCAGGCACAGACCCCGCUCGCUCUGCUGCCGCCCGCACGGCCCGGGGGAGGGCAGGAGGGAGGGCCGGAGGGCACCUCCCGCCCGGCACGGCUCGGCCCCCGCCGGCCCGGCAGGGCGGUCCCGGGCGGUCGGCGGCAGAGCCGCGGCUGCUCCCCGCCGGGUCGGGAUGGGGCUGGAGCUGUACCUGGACCUGCUCUCGCAGCCCUGCCGCUCCAUCUACAUCUUCGCCCGGAGCAACAACAUUCCCUUCGAGUUCAAGCACGUGGAGCUGUUCAAAGGUUCGGUGCUGGGCAGGAAGGCGGAGGGGAGCGGCGCGGAGCAGCCCCGCGCAGGGCCAUCAAAUAGUGAAGGUGCAGGCAAAGUCAGCCUCUUGAAGAAAGUACCAGCGCUGAAGGAUGGAGACUUCACCCUUGCAGAAUGCACUGCCAUCCUGCUGUACCUGAGCAGGAAGUACAACACUCCUGACCACUGGUACCCCUCCGACAUACAGAAACGGGCCCGGGUGGAUGAGUACCUGUCCUGGCACCACGCCAACAUCCGGGCCAACGCCCCAAAGACCAUGUGGAUCAAGGUGUUGAUUCCCCUCUUCACAGGGCAGCCACUGCCCUCAGAGAAGCUCCAGGAGGUUAUGGAGGGGCUGUCCACUUCCCUGAAGCAAUUUGAGGAGAGGUUUCUGCAGGACAAGGCUUUUAUCAUCGGGAGUGAGAUCUCCCUGGCAGAUCUUGUGGCCAUUGUGGAACUGAUGCAACCUGUUGGAGUUGGUUGUGACAUCUUUGAAGACAGACCCAGGCUGAGGGAGUGGCGCAGGCGGGUGGAGGAUGCUGUGGGGAAAGAGCUUUUUUUCCAAGCCCAUGAGAUGAUCCUCAAUAUCAAAGAACUGAGCAAUAUUCAAAUUGAUCCACAGCUGAAAGAACAACUGGCGCCUGUGUUGAUGAAGAUGUUGAAAUGAAUUAAACUAUCACAGCAUUUUUCCUGCCUUUUUUUUUUUUUCCCUUUAUAACUUCUUCUCUUACAUCCUGUUCUGCAUGUAAUGGGAAAGAACACUGUAAUUCUAAUACAGAAAUUACAGAGUGUUUCCCUGUGGGCCAGGUCUUUCUUGUGUCUUUGGGGGUGGAGGCUGGGGAAUGUUUAUGACCUAAAACAUUAAAUUUAUACAGAAGGCUGAGGCCCUACAGGUCACUUAACGUGCAUCUGGAUUUUAUUUCAUGUCAGUCUUCUCAGAGAUGGUAGAGACAAGAAUGGUAUUUCCUGACAGAAUUCAAGCCAGCCUACAAACUGGGAACAUUAAAGAACUGAAUGGAUGAGGGUGAUUGUUUCCAAUUUUAACAUUUUACUGCAAAGUGUGCAAAGUGUGCCUCAUCCUCGUCUUCUCAGCAUGUGUCUGCACAGACAAGUAGAGCACAAAACUACUUCACAAAAGUAAAAAAAAAAUAAUUUUAAAGGUUUCUUAUUGUUGAGGCAUCUUGCUUGGCUGUCCAUUACAUUCCACAUGUCUGUUUCCCUUGAAGUUCCUUUGAGAAAUUUCUUUGUAUUAAUCUACAAUGGUGAAUCUUUAUAUUUCUUUAGUUUAACUGCUGCUUUGGAUUUCUGAAAGCCUGGCUUCUGUUGGUGCUCUGUCUACAAGUGCAUUCACAGUGUUUCUGUAAAAGAGAAUAUAACAGUACACAAACUGGGUUUAUUUCUAUGGUAAUACUGUAAUAGCACAUUUCUCCUAGGAAAUGCAGAGAGGGAAUAAAUGCAGACAUGCUCUUCGGAGACUGUUUUGGAUGGAAGUUCACCAAGUAAGUCACCCAGUGCAGCUGAAGUAAUAAGAAAGAUUUUGUGGCAUUGAGCAACACAUGCAUCACAAUAAAAGGGCAAAGAGUUCUUUUGGAGCUUUUGAGCUUUUUUUCUUGGCUGUUUGUUUCUGCUCAGUUGUAGCUCAAACACUAAAUCCUUUUGUAUUGCAGCACAAUUUAUGAGAUAAAAUUGAGCAAAUCCAACUAUUUCCAGUUUCUUCAGUUGAAAAUAAAAAAUUGUAAAGGAUGU